UAGCAAAUUCAGCGUUGCACAAGGCGACAUCAGUCAAGAAGUGGUGGGAAGCUCCAGGAGAAGCGGUUCAUGUGAAGGCAACAGUAACCCACUCAAGAGAUUAACGUCCACGUGUCCCGGCAGCAGGGACUCUGUCCGACUCGGUAGCCCUCUCUCUCGCUCUCUCUCUGGUCUGUGUGUGUGUGUGUGUGUGUGUGUGGGGGAUCAGGUCUCCGCUUCACUUCUUCAGCCCUGACUUUUGUCACAGCGGACGGUGCAGUUCACCGGGCGGUGCCACAACAUGUCCGGCGAUGGCUUCACGAUUAAAAGUCGCAUCAGGAAUUUGCUGCGUUCUCCAUCAACCAAGCACCAGAAGAAGAACAGGAAAGAGAGCCUCAGCAGCAAGGUGACUUUGGAGAAGGUCCUGGGAAUCACAGCCUCAGGAAACAGUGGUCUGGCCUGCGACCCUCGAUGUGGACGAGUGGCCUAUCCUGCAGGGUGUGUGGUAGUUUUGCUGAAUCCCAAAAAGAACAGACAGCACCACAUUAUCAACACAUCAAGAAAGACAAUCACAGCUCUGUGCUUUUCCCCUGAUGGCAAGUACUUGGUUACAGGAGAGAGCGGUCACUUGCCAGCGGUGAGACUGUGGGACGUGGCGGAACGGAGACAGGUGGCUGAGCUCCAGAAGCACAAAUAUGGCAUCUCUUGUGUGGCUUUCUCCCCCGACAGCAAAUACGUCGUCAGUGUGGGAAACCAACAUGACAUGAUGGUCAAUGUCUGUGCGUGGAAGAAAAAUGUUGUUGUGGCUGCCAACAAGGUGUCCAGUAAGGUGACGGGUGUGUCUUUCUCUGAGGACAGCUCCUACUUUGUAACCGUGGGGAACAGACAUGUCAAGUUCUGGUAUCUGGACCACUGCAAGACCAGCAAGGCCAGUGCUCCUGUCCCUCUGCUGGGCCGCUCCGGGCUCCUGGGGGAGCUGAGGAACAACUUCUUCUGUGAUGUGGCCUGUGGACGGGGCUCUACAUCUGACUCCACCUUCUGCAUCACCUCCUCCGGCCUGCUGUGCGAGUUUAACAACAAGAGGAUGCUGGACAAGUGGGUGGACCUACGGACGGGCGCGGCCCAGGCCCUGUCUCUGUCUGAGGACAUGAUCUUCUGUGGCUGCGCUGACGGAACGGUGCGAGCCUUCAGCCCUGUGGACCUUCACUUCGUCUGCACGUUGCCGCGCCCGCACCCCCUCGGCUCUGACGUCUCGGCCAUCACAGAGGCAAGCCACCUGUUUUCCACCAAGACGGACGCCCGUUACCCAGACGCCAUUGCGGUUACCUAUGACCCCGUCAGCCGGUGGCUCAGCUGUGUCUAUAACGACCACAGUGUGUAUGUGUGGGACGUGAGAGAUGUCAACAGGGUGGGGAAGGUGCACUCUGCCCUCUUCCAUGCUGCCUGUGUCGGGGACCUGGAGAUGUUCCCAGAUGUUCCUGGGAAAUUUGGUGCUGGUCUGUCAUCAGGAGCCUUCCUUAGUUGCUCAGCUGAUAACACCAUCAGACUGUGGCGCAUGGACGAUUGGACAACGCGUGUUCAUUCUCAGAACAUCCUCAGCAGUGAUCUCCUGAGUAUAAUCUACAUAGACGGAAACACUAGUGCCUUGCUGGAUCCAGAAUGUUUGGCAAAUAUGAAUGGAGACAAAACAGGAGAUGGACAGACGGCAGAAAGCAGGACCGGCAUCAGGACCAUCUGUGUCAGUCCAGACGGGAAACACCUGGCAUCUGGAGAUCGCAAUGGGAUGCUGAGGGUUUACGACCUCAGUAGCAUGAAGGAGAUUCUGAAGGUGGAGGCCCAUGAUGCUGAGAUCCUCUGUCUUGAAUACAGUAAACCAGAAACGGGUCUGAAGCUGCUGGCCACAGCUAGCAGGGACCGUCUGAUCCAUGUCUUAGAUGCUGAGGAUGACUACAGUCUGGUGCAGACACUUGACGAGCACUCUUCAUCCAUAACAGCCGUCCGCUUUGCUGCCAAUGACAACAAGGUGAGAAUGAUCAGCUGCGGGGCGGACAAGAGCAUCUAUUUCCGCACUGCGCACAAGACUGACAGAGGAACAGAGUUCAGACGUUCUCACCACACAGUGAGCAAGACCACGCUGUACGACAUGGACGUGGACCCCACCUGCAAGUACGCUGCUGUCGGCUGUCAAGACCGCUGCGUCAGGAUUUUCAACAUCAGCAGCGGUAAGCAGAAGAAACUCUACAAGGGCUCGUUGAGUGAGGACGGCAGUCUGCUCAAGGUUCAGCUCGAUCCGUCAGGUCAAUACGUGGCCACCAGCUGCUCCGAUAAAAAUAUCAGCAUCUUUGAAUUCUCCACUGGGGAGUGUGUCGCCACUAUGGAUGGACACUCUGAGAUUGUCACUGGGAUGAAGUUUACCAAUGACUGCAAGCAUUUCAUUUCUGUGUCAGGGGACAGCUGUAUCUUUGUGUGGCGACUGGCUCCAGAACUGACAAUCAGCAUGAGAGAGAGGCUCAGCCAGCUCCGACAAAACCCGAACGCACACCCCUGCAAGACCUCCAGUCUCAGGCGAGAGGUGUACAGUGCCCCCACUCUGGGUGGUCUGUCCUCGGACAGCGACCGUGAGCACGAGGAGGAGGAGGACGGAGCGGAGAACGACCCAGAAGACAUUGCAGUGAAUAGUUCCUCUGACAGCAGCCAUGGAGAGGAGGACACAGGUGGCUCAGAUGAAGGACAGGGCUGGGAGCUGACAAAGUAUGGAGUUGUCAGCCAGGUCACGCCGGAGUCCUCUAAACGUCCUCGGAGACGCUGGUCUCAUCGCAUGGGCUCUCUGGAGCUGAUGGUGAAAUCCAUGCUGGACCUGAGACAGCUGGAGACCUUUGCUCCCAAGAAAACUCCCAGCUGCUCCCCUCAUAACAGAGAGAGAUGGAGCACGUCCAGCCUCCAGGAGCCCGUGUUGGAAGAGAGAGCCAAGAGGCACCGGCCCUGGCCACAUGCCGACUGGCUGUCCUCCUCACACCCGUCCAAGGGCAUCAUGGGAGCUGAUGAAGCCGUGGUGUACCCCGAGGAGAACGAGACUGAUGCAGGUCUGCAGGGCAGUGAGUACAUGGUGAAGGAGCAGGACUGCAGGAUGCAAGGCCGAGGGAUCCACAGCGAGAGCAAGAAAAGCCGAAGCCCGGACAGUGCCUGCUCUCUGGGCUACGACAGCAGGGACUCCAGCCCAGAUCGGGUCCUGGAUGAUUCUGCAGAUGUGGGGUCCCUGAGCCAGGACAGCUCUGAUGAGGAGAACGAAGAGAGGGAAGAAGAGGAGCAGAAGCCAGAAGUGACGAGUAUAGACGAGGCUCUGAGGACGGUGACUGACACUGCUCACUGCAGUCAAGAAGAUUUCCUCGAGCAGAACUUUGAGAUGCUGGAAGAGAGCAGCAGCAUGGCGGAGGAGCAGAGCAGGCUCCCUCGGCUCAGUAUGUCUUCACGCUUCCUGGCCAGAGGACAUAAUAACAGGGGCAUGCCUCUGUUUGCUAAAGUGCAGGGAAAGGAGCCCAGCAGCCACUUUGCUAAGCCCCCGGUGUCAAAAGUACGGCCCUUGAUGGAAGACAGCCAGAGCAGAAACACGGAAGAGGGGCCACACGGGUUAGAUGCUCCAGAAGGAGACGGAGCUCCUACCCUUAGACCCCUGAAGAAGAGGAAGAGCUCAGGGUGCCACCUGUGGAGGUUGUCCAACCCUCCAUCCAAAGCUCCGCAGCUGCUGGACCCCCCACCAUGUUUACAGAAAGCCCACUCAGCCCAGAACCUGGCCUCAGACUAUCCUCACUCCCCUGUGCCCCCUAGAGACCGAAGGGAGUUCCACAUUAGACCUCAGCAGCUUUCCCUGAACCCUGACCCUCCCCAGCCUUCCUUCCACUUUUCCUCACCCUCCUCUGGGUCCCCCCAGUCUCCCCAGUCCCCACUGUCCUGGGAGAGCCCCAAACUGAAGCCCCACUACUCCUACAUGAAUCCCACUGCCAGCUCCAUGGCCAAAAGCAGCCGCUCCUCCUCGCUGGGGGAGGUUGUCGAGACGGGCACUCCACCUCGCUCCCCCACCUUCCCCAGGGAGACCAGAUCAUGUGGGGAGCUAGAGCUCCAGCCUCCCCUUCUCACCCCCUCUCCUGUCUCAUCGGCAUCGUCCCUCUUAUCGAGUUCUCUGCCAAACAGUCCCUCCCCCGCUUCCCCCCAUCUUAUGGCUACGGUUUCACCCACGUCUUUUACCCAGAACGUCCCGCCCUCUCGCAUCCCGCUUCCCAAACAGCUCCUCAGUCCUCGCCGCAGUUUCUGUCUGGAGGGGAUGUCAAGUGUAAGUGGGUCCGGAGACCCGGCGAGGGUGUCUAAUUCUACCAUAGACCCUGGAUGCAACAUCACACCUACGCCUGGAAACAGAGCACUGGGGAGGAAACUGUCUUCAAGUUUGGAUCCUUCUUUGCCAAGUUCGCUACCAAUGAGACACAAGAAAGACUCGGUUUCAGAGAGUGCCAAGGACCCAUUACAGGUGGUUGCUGCCAAAGACUGCCCUCUGGUGCCUGAACAGGCCCCCGCAUCGAGCGCUGAUCCCCAUCCAGGUCUGGCUCCCCACAGCUCCUGUAUCAACCUGUCCAUCGCUACCGUUCCUCCUCUCCAUCCCUCCAUCACUGCAUCUCUUCCCACUGCGCGCCCUCUCUGUCCGUCUGCUUGUCUGUCUCCCGUUUCUCCAUCUGUCUCUGUGCCCGCCUGCUGUCAACACUGUGACCACGCUGAUCUUCCAUUACCUUGGAAACUUGUAGGCAGGCUGUCACGGAGCUUCACAACAGUCUAAGGAAAACAGCCACGUCUACACCACGGUGCUACAAAGCAGCCAGCAGCCCAGUGAAGACCAGGAAGAAAUGAGGAGCGUUCUGUCCGAGGCGCUGUUCACCAUCAAGACCGAGCUGGACUCUCUGCCUCACCCCCCCUCGCAGCGGGACGAGCCCAGAGUGGACCACAGGGUCAAAGGUGAAGGAGAGAAGGCCCUGGCUCUGCUGGAGCAGUACGCUGAGCUGCUGCUGAAGUCCGUGGAGAGGAGACUGGACACCAAGACGUGAGGAGGUA